ACACUCCGUACAGGUUAGGACGAUUCGUCGAAUAUAUUGUAGAAAAAGCAAAUUUUAUAAAAAUCACUUUCCUGAGAGAAUAUGUAUUUAAUGAGAAUUUUGAUGGAUGUUGAUAGAAACUGAAGCAAACCGAUGAUAACCAAUUGGAAGCGGUGUGGCAACACUGAAAGUUUGCUAGAUCUGUCGCAAGAGAGAAACGAUGGUGACACAAGCAGACGGCAUCCAGACUAGAUAGAGAUACCAUCAGAUACAGUUCGUUCCUCUAACGAUAGAAUGAGGACGGAGAAACUGAUACGGAUCAACUGCGGAUGCGUUGCAAGAGAAUAAAGGAAAACAUAAACAGGAAAUAAUGAGCAUCAAUAUACCCAGAUUUGGCGGUAGCAUUAAUGCCAGUUUACCAGGAAAUCAGUCUUCCAAGCCAUCUUGUCAUCCUGCUCAGACGACUGAAGCCGCAAUUCUUUUCACUAUAUCUGUUUUCGGAAUGGUAGCAAAUUUAUUUCUGAUGUUGCUAAUUAUAAUUAAACGGCCACUUAGACGUUGGUCACAAGGAUUGCUUUUCCAUCAAGGGCUUGUGGACUGUACUCGUGCGAGUCUUCUCUUACCUUUAGGCAUUAAUGUAUUAUUUUGUCAACGUCUUCCCAAAUGUUCCUAUAUAGAAACGGCUUUUCUCAUUGUCGUAACGGUGUCGACGGUCAAUUUAUUAACUUCGGUCAUAAACGACGCACCGACAUUACCCGAGCAAGAUGACAUUUCUCUGGAGCCACAGUGGAGCGACAAUAAUCACAUAAUUUUAAAUAAUAGACAAUGUAUCUGUUUCGGACUUUUUAUAAUCUGGUUUGCGAGUUUGACAAUCAAUUUGGGUCCAACUUUUCUCAGUGGUACAUUAUGGAGUGCGCAAGAUCCUGACGCCUGUCCCAUGGUUUCCGGUUCUGUCAGGCAUUACGUAUUAAACGUAUUGUGGGUCACUGUAAAUGUGCUCUGCAUAGUUCUCACUGGUAUUCAUCUUCGUAAACUACACAAAGACCUAAAAGGUUCUAACUUAGACGCCUUGAGAGUUUCGGGUUUGAUGGCUACCAUGAUAUCUGUUCACCAAGAUCGAGAAUACUGUGAUUCUCAACCAGUCGGAGGGUAUAUCGAACGACUCGAACAGGAAGGAAUAAGGAGAGUUAAGAUGUUCGUCGUGAUUUUAGUGGCAUAUCUGUUGUUCUGGGGCCCUCUUUUUAUCGUAAUGUUGUUCCAACCUAACAUAGAUAGCAAAUCUUCUUCGUACGAAAUAGCCCUUCAUGUAGCAUUUGUGCACGCUUUUGUCAAUCCAACUCUAUUAUUGGUGCUACAUAAAAACUUGAGACAAGCCGCUGCCGAAUUGGUUUGCUGUCAUUGUUGGGUCCCGUCAGAUUUUGGAACUCUGCCUUACGAAAUUGAGCCAAACGAAAUUAAUCGGAAUUAUAUGAUUGUAGGAGAGAGAGGAUUCAGUUCAGCACUCCGAGAAACAGAUGAUGAAUAGUAGGUAAUAAAAUGAACGUAAACAUAAAAUAAAGUACUAUUUUUACGAUCUUAAUGGAUCAGAGGUGUAUAGUGUGGGCCACGCUACGUUCUAAUGAACAACAUAAAGCUACAGAUUUCAUUUUUAUAAAACAAAUAAUUUGUCCAUCUCGAGUUGGAAGCUCUGUUAGUUGCAGGGGUUAUCAUAAAACUAUAUUUAAACAGUGACAGAUUUUGUUUGUAGAUAAUGAACGUUCAGGUAUAAUAAUUCAGUUGUUUAAAUUUUAUUUAUU